AUGCGGAAAAAGUCUAUUAGUUUAUUACUGCUGUCGUUAUUGGUAUGGGGUAUUAUUACAUACUUCCUUUUCCUUACACGAACAACAGACAAUAGAGAUAAGAAUGUACUCUCGAAUCAGAUAAACAGCUUAAAGGCACAAGUUGAAAGGAGGAUUGCUGACAAUCAAAUUCUGCUGAAACGUCUUAUUAAAUUGCAACAACAAAAACUUGCAGAACAAAUCAAAACACCCAGUCCGCUAAUUGAAGAAAUUUUAAAUGCUACUUACCCAGUAGCUUCAACUGUUAAAUUAAAAACAGAGGAAGAAAUAAUAAGCGAAAGACUCCAAGCACUAUCAUCAAAAAAAUUAGUUAACGACUCGCCAAUAAUAGCCGUGCUAGUUAUCUCUUGCAACAGAAUCACAGUCCAGAGAUGCUUGGACCAAUUGAUAAAAUUACGGACUAAUGCCGAUCAAUUUCCAAUAAUUGUUUCACAAGACUGCGAGCAUAAACAGACUGCUGAUAUUAUCAAGUCAUACGGUGAUCAAGUUGUACAUAUACAACAACCAGAUCAAUCAGAUAUUGACAUUCCACCAAGAGAGAAAAAAUUUAAAGGCUAUUUUAAAAUAGCUCGUCAUUAUGGCUGGGCUUUAAAUAAAGUAUUCUUUGAAUUUGGAUUUGAUACUACAAUUAUCGUUGAAGAUGAUCUGGAUGUUGCUCCAGACUUCUACGAAUAUUUCCUAGGCACAUAUCCGCUCCUAGUAACCGAUAAAUCACUAUGGUGCGUGUCAGCCUGGAACGAUAAUGGCAAAUCUGGGCUAGUUGAUGAAAACGCGCCGCACUUGCUUUAUCGCACUGAUUUUUUUCCUGGUCUAGGUUGGAUGCUUACCAAAGAUCUUUGGCAGGAAUUAUCUGUCAAGUGGCCCAAAGCAUACUGGGACGACUGGAUUCGUCAACCAGAACAACGAAAAAAUAGAGCAUGCAUCCGACCAGAACUUUCUAGGACUAGAACUUUUGGAAAAGUUGGCGUUAGCAAUGGAUUGUUUUAUGAAAAACAUCUUAAAUAUAUUAAACUCAACGAUCAAUCUGUGCCUUUUACUAAAAUGAAUUUAAGUUAUUUAUUAAAAGAUAAUUAUGACAUUAACUUUGUUAAUGACGUCUAUCAUUCGACGGUAGUAAGUUACUCGGAAUUAAAAAGCGGUAAUAUUAUAACAUCUGGGUCCGUAAGAAUUCCCUAUCAUUCACGGCAAGCGUUUAAAAAUACUGCCAAGAUGCUGGGGUUGAUGGAUGAUUUUAGAAUCGAAGAUAUAUAUUGUGUUAUGUUACAAACCUCUGAUGUUCGGGCAGUGUACAGACUCAAGGACUAA